GUAGUUAGUCUCGCGCUUUAGGCGUGUGUGUAUUGUUGUUAUUAUAAACUUCCUCAGCAGUUUUUGAUUGAUGUGCACGCGUAUUUUUUAAACAAUAAUGUUACUGUCAAUGUUUCGCGAUAUAAUUACAGAACUGCGUAAGAUCGUAUGAACUUUAUGUUAUUAGUUUUCAUGUAAUUAUUGUUUAUUUGUCAGUGCAUAUAUUUCCAUCUGAGUCUUUCACGUUCACUGGAGCUGUCAGAAAAAAAAUUGGGGAUGGCGCCGAGAUGGUGACUCAUUUAGUACAAUAAUAGUUAACAGAGUCCAAAACUAUUCAAUAUAAGGAUGUCCCUUCAGUGGGACAAAUUAUCACCAGCAGAAUUUCAACAACUUCAAGAUCUAGCAGCGUAUUCAUCCAGAAAAUUAGAGGAUGUUCUUACCGAAUUUUGCGGAACAACGGCUCUGAGUAACACACCUAAAUACCAUCCAGAUGGGGACAUUGACUAUGAAGGGUUUAGAAAGUUUUUGGACACAUAUCUUGAAGUUGCCGCCCCAGAUGACCUUUCCCGUCAUCUAUUUUUGUCAUUCAUCAAGAAGUGUCCUAGAAAUGUGGAUAACAAAGCUUUUAAGGAGAUGGCAGUUAUGUCAUCGGCGACUGCAUGUGCCGCGAUAACAUCUCAUACCACAUCUAACAGCAAUGUAAAUAGCACCGGACUUCCCACCGCAUCUACGGAAAGUCACAGUAGUUCCUUCGCUGAUAAAAUCCAUGGACUAACUGAAAAAUUCCAAGCUCUAAGCCACCAUAGAACUGAUAGUGAAGCGUCUGCUCGAGCCAGGACAGGAAGUGUCCAUCCAAUGUUGACAAUUGCUCAUACGUCUUACAGUUGUCAUGACGUUUUAGAAAAAAAAAGCACUGAUAGUAGUCCUAGUCACAGUCAGAUGUCACGUAAUUCAUCGCGAAAAUCUAAUAAUUCUCUGCUUGUUAAUAAUGGAAAAUUAGAAGAAAUGAAACAUCUUGUAAGAAAACAAAGUACUAUUGAUGUUCACAGCGUUAAAGUCAGUUUGAAAGACAUUGUAUGCUAUCUUUCAUUACUUGAAGCCGGUAGACCAGAAGAUAAAUUGGAAUUCAUGUUUAGACUGUACGAUACUGACGGAAAUGGUGUUCUCGAUACUAAUGAAAUGGAUUGCAUUGUAAAUCAAAUGAUGAACGUAGCAGAGUACCUCGGAUGGGAUGUAUCAGAAUUAAAGCCCAUUUUACAAGAUAUGAUGAUUGAAAUUGAUUACGACGCCGAUGGAACGGUUUCUUUAGAAGAAUGGAAACGAGGUGGACUCACAACAAUUCCACUUUUAGUACUUCUGGGCUUAGAUUCUCAUGUCAAAGAAGACGGAAAUCAUUUAUGGAGAUUAAAGCACUUUAAUAAACCAGCUUAUUGUAAUUUAUGUCUUAAUAUGUUGGUUGGACUCGGAAAAAAAGGAUUGUGUUGCAUUUUUUGUAAGUAUACAGUCCACGAAAGAUGUGUUCAACGAGCUCCUGCAUCUUGCAUUGCCACGUAUGUGAAAAGUAAAAAAACGUCACAAACAAUGGUUCACCACUGGGUUGAAGGAAACUGUCACGGUAAAUGUUCCAAGUGUAGAAAGACGAUAAAAAGUUAUAAUGGUAUCACUGGACUGCAUUGUCGAUGGUGUCAAAUUACGAUUCACAACAAAUGCGGCUCUCAAGUAAAAGCCGAAUGUAACCUAGGAGAAUACGCGAUCCACAUCCUGCCUCCCACAUCAAUCUGCCCCGUAGUUUUAGACCGUCAAAGAUCCUUAUCCCGCGACAGUAAGCGCGGGAGUAAGCACGGUCAGGACACAUCCUCAAUCGGCUCAGGAGCUCUCCUGAGCACUACUAGCAAUGUCUCAAAUCAACAACCGGCAAUGUCUUUCCAAAUAACUCCACCGUUAGGCACAAUUCCUUUACUAGUUUUUAUAAACCCGAAAUCUGGAGGCCGACAGGGCGAAAGAAUGCUGAGGAAAUUCCAGUAUAUUUUAAACCCGCGACAAGUCCACAAUUUAGCAACUGGAGGUCCGAUGCCGGGUUUGCAAAUGUUUAAAGACGUCGAAAAUUUCAAAGUAAUUUGCUGCGGCGGGGAUGGAACUGUCGGUUGGAUCUUAGAAACAAUGGACCGGAUCCAGUUCGAGCACCAGCCAGCAGUUGGAGUUGUUCCUUUGGGAACUGGUAAUGAUCUUGCGCGUUGCUUGCGUUGGGGUGGAGGCUAUGAAGGCGAAGGAUUGCAUAAAAUUCUUAAAAAAAUAGAAAAAGCGACUCCUGUUAUGAUGGACCGGUGGCAAAUCGACGUAACUAAUCAGAAAGAAGAAAAAAAACCUAAUCAAGACAGUAUUCCUUAUAAUAUUAUUAAUAAUUAUUUUUCCGUUGGCGUAGAUGCUGCGAUUUGUGUUAAAUUUCAUCUCGAGCGGGAGAAAAAUCCGGAAAAGUUUAACAGCAGAAUGAAAAAUAAACUCUGGUACUUUGAGUACGCGACCACUGAACAAUUUGCGGCGAGUUGUAAAAAUUUACAUGAAGAUCUGGAGAUUAUUUGCGAUGGGAUGCCAUUAGAUUUGGCUCAUGGGCCUUCUCUUCAAGGAAUUGCGCUACUUAACAUUCCUUUUACGCAUGGAGGGUCCAAUUUGUGGGGGGAACAUCACGCUAAGCUUCAUUUGAAGAAGAGGAAGAAGAGGCCGGAUAAGGAGCUUAGUACUAGCAGCUUUAAUUCUGUGGAUUUGACUGUUGCUAUUCAAGAUAUAGGAGACAACCUGAUAGAAGUGAUAGGUUUAGAAAAUUGUUUGCACAUGGGCCAAGUUAAAACCGGACUGAGAGCAUCUGGAAGAAGAUUAGCACAAUGCAGUAGCGUUAUUAUUAAGACAAAUAAACGCUUUCCUAUGCAAAUAGAUGGAGAACCAUGGAUGCAAGGACCUUGUGAGAUUCACAUUACUCAUAAAAACCAAGUACCAAUGCUAAUGGCACCACCAUCAAUCAAGCGUCGAGGAUUUCUGCGGUUCUUUAAAAGAUAAAAAAUUUUUGAUAUUUAUUAUUAUUAUUUUAAGUUUUUUUAUUCGUUACAUUAUUUGUAAGCCUUAGUAACCCGACGUUAAAUUCUUAAACAGUUUUCCAGCAUAUCAUAAGACGUUACAAAUUUAAUCACAUGUUUUCCAAUCCUUUAUAAUCUCUCGUCAUAUUUAAGCUGUUAUAUUCUUAAACUGUUUUCGCUUAGUGUUAAAUUUUUAAAUGUCGGACGCGUCUUUGUAGAAAUAAGGGAAUAUUUAUAACUUGACGAAUCUUUUUUCAUCUGGUUAAUAUUUUUUAUUUAUGAGAGCAAUUUUUUUAUAAGCAUAUCAGAAGUAUGAAUAUU